UCAUACAUGUUGGUAAACCAAAACACGGAGAUAUAGUCUUUGUCUGCGGAAUUGCGUUGUAACUUAGUUCGAUUUUUAGUCGGUGAAGAUUCUCAAUUUUGGUUGGAAUAACAACGCAAUAAGUGUUAGUCGUAUCAUUUAGAUUAAACGUGCUCGUAUAUAUAUAAGAGGAUGAAACCCGUGAACGUUUCGUCCGUUCGCUGAAACAUAUGACAAACCGAAAAUAUGGCACAUAAGGCCAACCGAUUAACUGAUUAACGAAUACGCAAAAUUGAUCCAGAUCGAAGUCAUGAGUCAAGACGUAACAAGAAUUCCAUGGUAUGAACUUUCCGAGAUUGAAGACUGCUUGAUAGGGUAGCCCAGAUUACCUUCCAAACCAGAGGAAUAAAACAGUCGAAUUCAUGGAAUGAUUUACCACGAUGAUUAAAGCGAUAUUAUAAUCAGAGCAACCUCGGUCGUCGAUUCCAGGGAGUAUGUUCAUCAUACGGAUGGUUCAAUGUUAAGGUAGCGCACAAACCUAGAAUAGGCUGGGUUGUUUACCUGGAGAAGUUGGCUGGUUCGAUUCAUGGAAAGAAAAGACGAUUAUUUACAGGCAGAAAUCUGGUACGAGAGAUGAUGUAAAAACUGACGGUGGACUUUUGUUGAUGAGGAAAUGGUACCGGCGGUUUACACUCAACACAAACGCUGUGAUUUUGAAAAGGACAGUGAUUGCGUUACAUUUUAAAAAUCGCAUAGCGGUUUUUUUAAGCACAACACUUUAAAUCCAAUAAGAACCGUCUGUAUUUUGAAUUACGUAUUUCGGAGAAGUUAUCAUGUGCGUUGUUUAUCCUCCAGUUUCGACACUAAUUAAUUCCGAGAUAAUUCGCACACCUGUGAUGCUGACUGAUAAUUAGUGAUUUUCGCUACCACCGGACAGUUCGUGUUGCAUGCCACUGCGGUUUGGUUGUAUGGAUAUGAUUCAACUGCAUCUGAUGAAAUCCAAAGUUCAACAUGCAAAAACUAUUGAUCACUAAGUACUUAUACGUGCACGCAAUUAAUAUGAACUAUAGCACCGAACAUCUGCGAUUUACCGAGUGUUUAUUUCAAUCGCCUAAAUUGAAGUGAUCCACUAUUGUCUGCGACGCUCACGCCUGUUUCGAAACAUUUACCAUGUCGGUUCUCAGUAGUACGUCAACAUCAUUCACACCUCUUCCGCCUAUUUCCGGAAAUGCGUCGACGUCACCGGAUUGUCUUUCGCGAGGAAUAAAGAAGAGACUUUGCCUAUCGGACCGAAUACUAUUCGCAAAGGCUCGUCUGAAUCGCGUCUCGCAGCGUAAAAAACUCUUGAUCACAGACGUCCAUGAGGACCGUUUCCCGGAAAAUGCGAGUCUUUCCCAGGACGAGAUGCUUAUGGAAGCAGCAAAGGCCGGUAAGGAUACCAAGGUUAAAUCUCUUAUUGCUGAAGGCUGUUCGGUGAACUCCGUGGACGAUCAAGGACGCUCGGCGCUACACUGGGCCGCGGAGUACGGGUACAUGCGGGUCGUGUACACGCUAGUAGACGCUGGCUGGGAUGUCAACCUGCUGGACAACAAGCGACACUCGCCUCUGCAUGUCGCCUGUGAUCACCGCAACGGCAAUGUGGCGGCAUGCCUUAUCUCAAAUGGAUCUCGAAUACGUACCGUCGAUCUGAAUGGCUGCACACCGCUGCAUCGCGCAAUACACACAAACCUAGAAACAAUCGCUUGUAUGUUGUGCAACCUCGGGGCGGAGGUGAACGCUAAAACAAAAACAGGUUGGACGCCUCUGCACGAGGCUGCGCGAGUGGGUAACGAAUAUGUUGUUCGUAAACUGAUCAAAGAUGGUGCUAACGUCAACGCGGUAUCAGAACAGAACGGAACGCCGUUUUUAACCGCCGUUUUCUACUACAGAAUUUCGCACCGUGCUUCCUACACGUGCCUGGAGCCCAUACUCGGUCAGCUCAUAGAGAAUGGCUGCCAGCUGAGUUUCACGGACGGCCAGUGGUCUCCCCUGAUGUCCGCCAUCUCUGUGUCCAACAGCCGAAUCGCCGGCAAACUCAUAUAUCACGGCUGCUUACUUCCGGAAGCUCAAGGGUACGGACGUAGCCUUCUAGUGGACGCGUUCACCAAGUGUGACGACUUCGUGGUGAAGCUGCUAGUCAUGGCCGGAUACAGAGUGACGCCAGAGGAGGUCGAACUGUGCUCAAAAAGAAUCCCCACGUUUUCGUUAUCCUUCCUCAAACUAGCGUUUCCAGGAUACAAUACAAGAGGAAGACACGAAAUCGAAAUCCUGAAAUUCCUUCGAGAACGCGCACAGCAGCCAUUUUCGUUACAAGAACUCUGCCGGAAGUCAAUCAGGAUUGGCCUCAACCGAGCGUCAGGUGACUGUUCUAUUUUAGGCCGCAUUCCGCUCUUGCCUUUGCCAACAUGCUUGAAGCAUUUCAUCUCCUUGCGAGACUACGCCAUAAGUUACGUGUAAACACAAGUCCCAAGAUGGACAUUGCUGGAUGAUUGAUGGCAGUGAUUUCAAGCAUAUACAUUCACGCGUUUUGCUGUUGUUUUAUUUUGGGCUCAAAGCCACUUAUAUAAAACAAAAGAUUCAGUCAAUGAGGUAAGACGUAAAACCGCGAAAUAGAUCACAUUUUGCAAACUGGUGACAUGAUUGGAGUAUAAUGUGUAUUUAAUUGUAUUAAAAAUGCCAGGUCUCUUAACAGUGGGCCUCGCUAUGGGAAAAGCGGGCUUUAUGCACGGGUGUGAAGUCUUUGAUAGCCCUGUGUCGUCCGCACUAUUAAUCAGGAUCACUACUUUACGCUUUAUGAUAUUUAGGACGUUUCGGCCCUGAUAACCAUUUCGAGAAUACGUUAAACACUCUUUUUGUUAGAGCGGAGAUCAUAUAUACAUUUACUUUUUAUACUUGUGGCCGAUUCAAGCUCAUAUGCGGCAUUGUAUCAUUUAUUUUUGUAUGUCUUUACUACGAAAAAUAUGCAAAAUAACUUACAUAUUGGGUAUUUCCCUAGUUAUCUGUUCGGUCAUUUUAUUGAUAGGACAAAUCAAAACGUUUUGAUAUACAUAAUUAAAUAAUUGUUUUACACAACUAAGCAACAACAUCCUUUUUUAAGGGAAAUAUUUUUUUUAAGUUGUCAUUUACAAAUCAUAUUUUAGCAAAUUUGAUACUUUUUAACCAGAAUUAUAUGUUUACAAGCAAAAUCUAAAUUUCAUGCGCUUUUUGACAUACAAACAUA